GCGUGCCAGGAGCCAGCGAACCAGUCAGCAAAGCGUUCCCUCAUUCCGCUCAGUCUUUUUCUCUCUGACCAGCUCACUCACUGUCACUCUCUCUCUCUCUCUCUCUCACACACACACACUGUUCAUUCUAAACCGCAGGGACAUACACUUCGGCACUCUCUCUCGCGCGCGCGUUCGCUCACCUCUCUUUUUUCCGUUCCUCACUAGCGGCACGCGCAUCUGUCUCUGCUUCUGUACUGUACAGGAUGAACAAGAACGGUAGACUCCUGAGAGAGAGUAGAUGAGAAAACAAGGAACUAAAACAACGAAGGCAAGGUGAAACGAAGAGGAGAAAGAGGUUGAGGACAGACGAAGGAAGAGAGUUUGUGAAGCAUUUGGAUUUUACUGAUUUCAAGCCUCCAUCCAUCUAUUUCUGCUGGUGGAAAAGGACUCAAUUAAGUUGCAGGUGAUGAAUCUACUACCCGGUUGACCUGAGUCAUUUCUCCAGCAAGGGGAGUGGUACAGCGCCAGACCCCUGACCUCUCCUCAGUCCCCACUGGCUUCACGCUCCAGCUCGUGAGCCUUGGAGCCUCGGAGCCCUGGAUCUCUUGUCUCUCACCUCCCCUUUUUCCUCUGGACCUUGACGUGGGAACAGCGCCGUAACAGACCGCCCAAUGCUGAGGAGGAACUGCCUGCUGCUGUUCCUGUGCUUCCUCUUUGAGCAGAGCUCCUGCGCUCCCUUCCAAAGCAGGCCAGGGCAAGAGUGGCCCCACAGCCAGACGGGGCCAUCGGCGGCAGGAAGGAAUGGAGGUUCCAGAGGAUUCCAGAGGGUCAAGAGGGGCUGGGUGUGGAACCAGUUCUUUGUGCUUGAGGAGUACAUGGGCUCGGACCCACAGUAUGUUGGAAAGUUACACACUGACUUGGAUAAAGGGCAAAGCGCAGUGAAAUACACUCUCUCAGGAGAGGGCGCUGGAACCAUCUUCACCAUCGACCAGAUCACCGGGGACAUACACGCUUUACGCAGUCUGGAUCGAGAGGAGAAGCCUUACUACACGCUACGAGCUCAAGCGGUGAACAUCGAGACCAACCGACCGCUGGAACCAGAGUCAGAGUUUGUCAUCAAGGUGCAGGACAUCAACGACAAUGAGCCAAAGUUCUUGGAAGGUCCCUACACGGCUAGUGUACCUGAGAUGUCACCUGUGGGUACAUACGUGAUGAAGGUGACGGCAACAGAUGCAGACGACCCUACAUACGGCAACAGUGCCAGGGUGGUGUACAGCAUACUUCACGGCCAGCCAUACUUCUCCGUGGAUCCCAAAACAGGAGUCAUCAGGACAGCUCUACCCAACAUGGACCGGGAGGUGAAGGAGCUGUAUCAGGUCCUCAUCCAGGCCAAAGACAUGGGUGGACAGUUAGGGGGUCUUGCAGGGACCACCACCAUCAACAUCACCCUGAGUGACGUCAAUGACAACCCACCCAGGUUCUCCAAAAGCAUCUUCCACCUGCGUGUACCGGAGUCAUCAGCAGUUGGGUCAGCGGUUGGCCGAAUCAAAGCUCAUGAUCUGGACAUUGGAAAGAAUGCAGAGGUGGAAUACAACAUCGUCCCUGGCGAUGGAGGAGCCAUGUUUGAUAUCACCACCAACGAGCACAAUCAGGAGGGAAUCAUCAUGCUCAAAAAGCCGUUGGACUAUGAGACCAAAAAAGCAUACACAUUUAAAGUGGAGGCCUCCAAUGCACACCUGGAUCCACGCUUCCACAAUUUUGGCCCGUUCAAAGACACAGCGACAGUGAAGAUAAACGUUCUGGAUGUGGAUGAGCCUCCCGUCUUCAGCAAACCCUCCUACGCGAUGGAUGUUUAUGAGGACACGCCACAAGGCACCAUCAUAGGAGCCGUGACAGCACAGGAUCUCGAUGCAGGAAACAGUCCAGUCAGGUAUUCCAUCGACUGGAAGAGUGACCUGGACAGCUUCUUCGACAUCGAUCCUGUCAGAGGAACCAUCUCCACCAAUGAGCUUCUGGACAGGGAGAGUAUAGCCCAGCACAACAUUUCAGUUGUGGCCACUAAAGUUAAUAACCCAGUGCUGACCAGUAGAGUGGCCGUCACAGUUCAUGUGCUGGACAUUAAUGAGUUUCCACCAGAGCUGGCCAUGCCUUACGAGACCUUCGUGUGUGAGAGCGCCAAAGUCGGGCAGGUGAUUCAGGUCAUCAGUGCAAGAGACCAGGAUCUUCCUCAAGCCGGACAAAGAUUUUCCUUCAAAUCCCCUCAAGAGGGAGUGAAGACCAACAACUUCACCGUCAGAGACUUUGGAAUGAUCGUGGUUCUCUAUGUUGGGGUUAGGCGGCAGAAGAAGAAAGAGACUCUCAUGACGUCCAAAGAGGACAUCCGUGACAAUGUCAUCCAUUACGACGACGAAGGAGGGGGCGAGGAGGACACGCACGCCUUCGACAUGGGUACCCUUCGCAACCCCAAAGUCAUUAAGGAAAACCUGUUUCGUCGAGACGUUAAGCCAGAGUUGGGUUUGUGUCAACGGCGGCCAAUAGCCUCGCAGAACAGCGCUGACAUCAGCAACUUUAUCAAUCAGCGGCUGCAAGAACACGACGGUGACACUUCUGCCCCGCCGUACGACUCGCUGGCCACGUACGCCUACGAGGGCGAGGGCUCGGUGGCCGAGAGUUUAAGCUCUAUAGAGUCUGUAAAGGGUGAAAUGGAGGAGGACUACGAUUACCUCAACGAGUGGGGGCCUCGCUUCAAAACCCUCGCAGGGAUAUUCGGAGAACGAUCAGAGAGCCAAUCAGACGUAACAUCCAGCACCACCACUGAAAACAAACACUGAUGUUUUUUUGUUUUUUUUUCGUUUCACUUUUUUACACUGGGUUUGAAACAAACAUAGUAUCAUAAUUUUAUUUGACCAGAUUUCAUUGCAUUACUUUGUAGUUGUUCAUUUUCACCUUUUUCUUUUAGUUUGCCUUGAUUUCACGCUCAAAACAAGAGAGGAUAAAGGAAGCCAGAAUAAAAUGCAGCCUUUGGAUUAUCUGUAAGUGAAUGUUGGAGGUAUUUUGGUCAUAUUUAUUCAGCUUUGCUUUUCACGAAAAAAAAAAGAACCACAUAAAAGAUGCAAAAUUUUUCUGACAUCCUUAAAAAGUGCCUCAAUGGAAUUGGUUUGUUAUUCUUCUUUUUAUGGUUUAGCUUUGUUUCGUCACCCUUCUUAAGGAUGAAUGGCGUCGCUAACCGAAGUUGACCGCAACCUGGAUUUCGAGCUUCGGUGGAAAGAGU